CUGCGCAGGUCUCUGAUCAUAGAAUUUGACGUUGCAUGGCGAAUUCCUUUGACCACGGAAAAUAAUAUUUUGGAAAUGGAUAAUUUUAAUAAAAAAGAAAUCAUACAGGCAAUUUUAAUUGCCGAUAACAAUAUGGAAAAUUUCCGUCCCUUGUCCGACACAAAUUCAACGGCUCUUUUACCUUUGGUGAAUGUUACCAUGUUGGAUUAUGCCCUGGAGGCUUUAAACCGUAGUGGCAUUGAAGAGGUAUUUGUAUUUACCAGUUUGUAUUUACAAAAUGUAAGGGAACAUAUAGAAAAAGGAAUUGCAUCAUUGUAUUCUUGGUCGGUUAAUAUGAAAGUUCAUGUGAUCGGAGGCGAAGGCUGUAGAUGUUUUGGUGAUGCCAUGCGUGAGUUGGACGCCAAAGCUUUGAUACGUGGUAAUUUUGUACUUUUGGGAGCCGAUACAGUAACAAAUGCCGACUUGAGGCCCAUAUUUGAACAACACAAGAAAACUGUAAAAUAUGAUAAAGGUGCAGCAGCUACCCUUAUUUUUAAAGAGGCCGAACAUCAUUUGAGAUCUGGUAAUGAAAUUAUGAUUGCAAUGGACGUUCAAAACAAUCGUUUGCAUCAUCAUCAACGUUUGAGUCUAAAUGAGAAAGAAACUCAUUUCGAUAUACCUUUGGAAGUGUUCAUGCUUAAUUCUCAAGUGGCUUUACUGCAUAACCUGCUCGAUCCUCAAAUUGCUAUUGGUUCACCCUCCAUGUUGUCUUUGUUUUCGGAUAAUUUCGAUUUUGAGACACGUGAUGAUUUCGUAAGAGGCAUAUUGAUUAAUGAGGAAAUCUUAGAUAGCCGCAUCUAUGUUUCUCUUUUACCUCGCGAACAAUAUGCCCGUAAGGUUAACAAUUGGUUGACUUAUCAGAUAGUAAGCAAUGACAUCAUAAAUCGUUGGCCUUAUCCUUUAGUACCCGAUAUGGGUAUUGUGGAUUUGAAACAACAAUAUAUUUUUCUAAAGAAUAAUAUCUAUAAAAGUCCUACUGCUAGUUUGGCUAAAGUAACGUUGGGCGAAAAUGUUGUAGUACACAGGAAUAGUGUUGUAGGAGCCGGUUCAACAUUGACGUGUUCUGUAGUGGGACAAAAUGUUAAAGUUGGACAAAAUUGCCGUAUUGUUAAUGCAUUUUUGUUGGAUAAUGUGGUUGUAGAGGAUAAUUGCUGUUUGGAAUUUUGUGUUGUUGGCGAGAAUACAGUGGUGAAAGCCAACACAGAACUAAAAGAAGGCUGUGUAGUGGGAGAGGGUUGUGUGCUACCAGCUAAAACAAUAUUAACAAAAUCUUUGGUUAAAAAUAAAGCAGAAGGUGCGAUUCGUAGUAAAAAUACUUAUAUACGAAUUAAUCAAUUUGAUUAUAUUUUAGAUUCAUCUUUAAGAAAGCUUGGCGACAAAGCCUUUGUAAUAGACGAUAAAGUGGACAACCGAACAAUAUCUGAAAAUGAAGAUGAUCGAGAUAUAUUUACGGUUAAAACUGUUGCACCCAAAAUGAUGAAAUUGCCGCUAUAUCAAGAAGAAAGUGAUUACUUUUCCAGCAGUGAUGAGGAAGAUUCACAACCUUGUUCACCCCUACCCGAUGAUACUAAUAUUUUCUUAUCGGAAGUGGUUGACUCUUUGUCCAGAGGUUUCCAAGAGAAAUCUAAUCCUGAUUUUCUUAUACUCGAAAUUAAUUCCUCACGUUAUGCCUACAACAUGUCACUCAAAGAGGUCAAUUUUAAUGUGGUUAAAGCGAUUUUCAGUUUACCCACUAUUAAGGAGCCAUUAAAUAACAAUGUUUUAGUGGCGAUUAAUGCCGUACUAAAGCAAUUGGGUCCUGUCAUGACAAACUAUAUUAAAAGUGAAGAUGCCAUGUUGGAUUGUCUGAAAGCUUUAGAGGAUAUUUAUGAAGAGAACGAAUUUGUUCGUGAGAAAAUUUCUCAAAUUGUUCAUUAUUUAUACGAUAAAGACUUUGUAACGGAAGAAGCUGUUUUGUCAUGGUAUGAAGAUUUAGAUGAAGACAAUCAUGCCACCUUACGCAAAAGUCUGUUUAAACUAAUCGAAUGGCUACAACAAUCCUCUGAUGAGGAUGAAGAUGAUGAUAGUGAUUAGGUAUUUCCUACCGUUUGUUAAGUCGUGUUUUUUUUAUAAUCUGCGAAAUGUUUUUUUUAAUUUAAAAAUUAAAGAAUAAAACAAAUUAAAAUA